GUCUUCUACGAUAGAUUUCGAAGAUCGUUCGGAUCUGGUCUUCGACGAUAGAUUUAAGAAGUUGGUUAUGUGCGGCUUGCUUCGACGGAGAUCGGGUCCAUGCCGCUUGGGGACGAAUCGGAGCGGUGGAAGUGGGAGAACGCCGUUGCCGGCGCCGGCGCCGGCUUUGCGACCGUUGCUGCGCUUCAUCCUCUCGACGUAGUCCGCACCCGCUUCCAGGUGACCGACGGACGGGCUUCCCAUCUUCCGCUCUACAAUAACACUGCGCACGCUUUAUACUCUAUUGCUCGAACAGAGGGAGUCAGAGGCCUAUAUGCAGGAUUUUUUCCAGCUGUUUUUGGGUCAACUGUUUCAUGGGGGCUUUACUUCUUUUUUUAUAGCAGGGCAAAGAGUAUGUACCUAAGAGGGAAUGAUGAGCAUCUCACCCCCCUUUAUCAUCUUGUUUCUGCUGCAGAAGCUGGUGCUAUGGUUUCUUUGUUUACCAAUCCUAUUUGGCUUGUAAAAACACGACUGCAGCUCCAAACUCCUUACCAUGGUUAUCGGACCUAUUCAGGAUUUUCCGAUGCUUUGAGGACCAUUUUAAAAGAGGAAGGAUGGCAAGCACUUUAUAAAGGGAUUGGACCAAGUCUUCUGCUUGUUACUCAUGGUGCAAUUCAGUUUACAGUUUAUGAAGAACUCCGUAGACUUGUUACUCGCACCAAGGGAAAAGGAGCAAAGACAAAUGCCUUGGGUGGAGAUGAAUCAUUGAGCUCAUUCGACUAUGCUGCUCUUGGGGCUUCCUCUAAAAUUGUUGCAAUCCUAUUCACAUAUCCAUAUCAGGUUAUUCGUUCUCGGUUACAGCAAAGACCUAAUAUCAAUGGAACCCCAAAGUACUCAGAUAGUUGGCAUGUUAUAAAGGAAACUGCAAGGUUUGAAGGACUUCGUGGAUUUUACAGGGGCUUGACGUCCAACUUGUUGAAGAACAUCCCAGCGUCGUCAAUAACAUUCGUUGUGUAUGAAAAUGUUCUUCGCAUACUCAGAUUAAGUGGAGGGGAAAAUUGAUCCGUCUAUUUGUAUACUAUUUUUUUUAAUUAAUAAGGUAUUAAUUUGACUUUUUUUUUUCUUUA